AUGUUCAGUUCAGCUGUACACUUAGAGCUAGUAACUGACUACACCGCUGCCGCUUUCAUCGCCGCUUAUCGCCGCUUCACUAGUCGCCGAGGUAUCUGCCACACGCUAUAUUCAGACUGUGGAACCAAUUUUGUAGGAGCAGAUAAAGAGCUGAAACGACUAUUCGCUGCAGGAUCCCGCACAUUACGAGAAUUAUCAACCUUGAUUGCUCAAGAUGGCACGAACUGGAAAUUCAAUCCGCCUGGAGCUCCACAUUUUGGAGGAAAAUGGGAAGCCGCUGUGAAAUCUAUCAAAUUUCACCUUCGAAGAACAAUCGGAGACUCGCUGUUGACGCUUGAGCAAUAUUCAACGCUACUGGCUCAAAUUGAAGCCAUAUUGAAUUCCAGACCGCUCACACCGCUGAAUGAAGAUCCUGCUGACCUGGCUGUACUGACUCCAGGUCACUUCUUAAUCGGACAGUCACUGACCGCUAUCCCAGAGCCAUCGCUGACAGAUUUACAACCUGCUCGGCUCUCGCACUGGGAACAAGUCCAGCAAAUGGUUCAACAUUUCUGGAAACGCUACUACCAGGACUGCAUCCACCGCUACCAGGCCAUUUCAAAGUGGCAUCAUCGACGCAACCAGAUCAAGGUGGGUUCAGUUGUACUGAUCACCACUGAGGAUCUCCCGCCAACCAAGUGGCCAUUAGCCAAAGUAAUUGCUGUCCAUCCAGGUGAAGAUAGACAAAUCCGCGUAGUAACUGUUAAGACAGUUAACACAGAGCUGGUACGUCCAAUUACAAAGCUCUGUGUCCUGCCGCUAACGCAUGAAGAAGAUGAUCUUGUCGACGCAGCCGCCAACCCGGGGGAGAAUAUUACGAACCCUUCAUCGUUGGAAUCAUCCCCAGAUGACAAUGACGAAGAGGAAACGCGAGUUGCUAAGGCUAAAGCAGAUAGAAAAAAUAAAAAACAAAGUGAAUCACGAUGUCAAAAAAGGAAAGUGGAGGAAAUAAUUAAGGUUUAUGAAAACGUUAAGCAAAAUAAGAAGCAGGCAAUUUCCGAAGAACUCGAUUCAGUUAAUGAUAUAGGAACAGAUCAAGUGAAUGGUACUGGAUCCGACGAUUUUGAUCACAUUGAACGUCAAUCAGAUGUAGAAACUGAUGAAGAGGAAAUAAAUAAACGUAAUACGACAGUUAAUAAGCGAUUGACUCGGAUCAGAAUACCAAGUGAUUCUGAGUCAGAGGGAGAAGGAGAAGUGGCUACUCGAAAUGAUGAAUAUAUUGAACCAAUUGUCAUUAUAAAUGAUAAUACUGAUAAUAAUACACUUAAUGAAGAUGGAACAACAUUUGAUCAUUUUCAAAGUCAGGUAUAG